UCUCCACGAUUCCUCUACCGCUCUCUUCCGCCGUCGCCGGUAACCGCCAUGAAACGCGUUCUCAUUCUCCUCGCACUGAUAAUCGGCGUAGCCGCCGGCAGCCGUGAAUUCACCGGCGAUUUUCUCCGAUUGCCCUCAGAAGCCGCCAGAUUCUUCCGGAGAGGCCAGGGAAAGAAUAACGAUGAUGCCGCUGGUGAUGACGUUGGUACUAGGUGGGCCGUUCUGAUCGCAGGAUCGAAUGGAUACUGGAAUUACAGGCAUCAGGCUGAUGUUUGCCAUGCUUACCAAAUCUUAAGAAAAGGUGGGAUCAAGGAAGAAAAUAUUGUAGUUUUCAUGUAUGAUGAUAUUGCUGAUAAUGAAGAGAAUCCUAGGCCUGGAGUCAUUAUUAACAGCCCUAAUGGUGAUGAUGUAUACAAGGGAGUUCCCAAAGAUUAUACUGGUGAAAGUGUAACUGUUGAUAACUUCUUUGCGGUGAUCCUUGGAAACAAGACAGCUACCAAAGGGGGUAGUGGAAAGGUGGUUGAGAGUGGGCCGAAUGAUCACAUCUUCAUUUACUACACUGACCACGGUGGUCCUGGGAUGCUUGGGAUGCCCACAUACCCUUACCUGUAUGCUGAUCAUCUGAUUGAAGUGUUGAAAAAGAAGCAUGCAUCUGGGACAUACAAAAGCUUGGUAUUUUAUCUUGAAGCUUGUGAGUCUGGAAGUAUCUUUGAGGGUCUCCUUCCAGAAGGAUUAAAUAUUUAUGCAACUACAGCUGCUAAUGCUGAAGAGAGUAGUUGGGGAACUUACUGCCCUGGCGAAUACCCGAGCCCUCCAGAAGAAUAUGACACAUGUUUGGGUGACCUCUACAGUGUUGCCUGGAUGGAAGACAGUGACAUUCACAAUCUUCAGACAGAAACUUUGCAUCAGCAGUAUGAGCUGGUGAAGAAAAGAACUUCAAAUGACAACUCCAUAUAUGGUUCUCAUGUCAUGCAAUAUGGUGAUGUUGGAAUUAGCACAGACAAAAUUUUCAAGUAUAUCGGUACAAAUCCUGCAAAUGAUAACUACACUUUUGUCGACGAGAACUCUUUGCGUCCACAUUCAAAAGCUGUUAAUCAACGCGAUGCUGAUCUAUUGCAUUUCUGGCACAAGUUCCGAAAAGCUCCAGAAGGUUCUCCAAGAAAGAUGAAAGCGCAAAAGCAUUUCUUCGAAGCAAUGUCACAUAGGAUGCACAUAGACAACAGCAUGGAAUUAAUAGGAAAGCUUCUAUUCGGAAUUGAAAAAAGUUCCGAAUUAUUGAAAACCGUCAGACCUGCUGGACAACCCCUUGUCGAUGACUGGACCUGUCUUAGAACAAUGGUUAGGACAUUCGAGAAACACUGUGGAUCACUCUCCCAAUACGGUAUGAAACAUAUGCGAUCGUUUGCUAAUAUUUGUAACGCCGGUAUAAAGGAAGAACAGAUGGUUGAGACUUCAGCACAGGCUUGUCCUUCAAUCCCAUCAAACCCAUGGAGCUCGAUUCAGCAGGGGUUUAUUGCGUGAUUAUUUGAAAAUGGUUUCGCGAUUCGAUAUCUUAUGACUCCAGAUUGUUCGGAAAAAAUGAACUUAUGUUGUUUAUCAUAUAUAUAUAUAUGGAUAUGGUUGGGUUUGUAAUUUGAUGCUAGUUUCUCUGUAUAUAUAGACUGGAGGCAUAUCUAUAUGAAAGAACUAUGUGCAGUUUAAGUAUUCAUCAAAGAAAUAAUAUCCAUGGUUGUUUAUUA